UCUCUUUGAAAGAGAGAGAAAGUGAGUGUUUGAGUGAGAGAGACCAUUUUGCGUCUUGCCUGUCCCAAGAAAGCCCCGUGUGAAAAGGAGCUUCACGCUCGUGUUGCCCAUAAUCCGAUUGCGCCCAAAUUCACCAGAAAGGGGAAGGCCGAAGGGGCGAAGCCGCGAAGUGGCGAAGGGCAAGGGCCAAGGGCCGAAGGGCGGAAGCGGGCAGCCAGCAGCAGCCAGGCGGCAGGGCGACGGGCGGCAGAACACAAGAAGCGCCUGGAUCUCGCCUACGCGUUCGGUGCCGCGGUGACCUUUGUCCCUGACUCCCAGCACCGCCCUUCUUCUCCUCCUCCUUCUUCGUCCUCUCUCCCCUUUUGUUGUUUCUCUGUGGGCGCUCAUUGGGAUUCCAUUUCUGAAGUUUGAAAUUUUUUUCACAUACUAUGUACUAGUGCCCCAUAGCCAUGGGAAUCAGCAGCCCGCUAGUAACGCCCACAAAAACCGCAAACCAGAAAUCCAGCAAGCAACAGCCCCCUGUCCAGGAGUCCCAAGCCAAGGCUAUGGAGCUGCGGUCGGCAAAAUCUUUCAGGACAAGGUUUGAGGCUUACAACCGAUUGCAGGGUGCUGCUGUUGCGUUCGGCGAGAAGCUCCCCAUUCCGGAGAUCGUCGCCCUUGGCGGGCAAUCUGAUGGGAAGAGCUCCCUUCUUGAAGCGCUCCUGGGGUUCAGAUUCAAUGUUCGAGAGGUGGAAAUGGGAACCCGCAGGCCUCUGAUUCUCCAAAUGGUUCACGAACCGUCUGCUUCGGAGCCAAGGUGCCGCUUCCAGGAAGAGGAUUCUGAUGAUUAUGGAAGUCCAAUUGUCUCAUCUUCGGCUAUCGCAGAAGUUAUCAAGUCUAGAACUGAUUCACAUUUGAAGAAGUCUAGAACUACAGUUUCUCCGAAGCCUAUCGUGAUGAGAGCAGAAUAUGCCCAUUGCCCAAACCUCACCAUUAUUGAUACACCUGGUUUUGUUCUUAAGGCAAAGAAAGGAGAACCAGAUAACACCCCUGAUGAGAUUCUGUCUAUGGUUAAAGAAUUGGCAUCUCCUCCACAUCGACUGCUCUUGUUUCUCCAACAGAGCAGUGUUGAAUGGUGUUCUUCUCUAUGGUUAGAUGCUCUUCGAAGUGUUGAUCCCACUCUACGCCGCACAAUAGUCGUUGUUUCCAAAUUUGACAAUAGACUAAAGGAAUUCACUGAUAGAUGGGAGGUUGAUCGAUAUUUAAGUGCAAGUGGUUACCUUGGUGAUAGUACUCGACCCUUCUUUGUAGCACUUCCAAAAGACAGAGGUGUUACUUCGAAUGAAGAAUUUCGCAGGCAGAUCUCCCAAGUUGACUCAGACAUUAUUCAUCAUCUUCGAGAAAAUGUUAAGGGAGGAUUUGACGAGGAGAAGUAUGCAUCUUUCAUUGGUUUUGGAUGCCUAAGAGAUUACUUGGAGUUGGAGCUUCAGCGGAGAUACAAGGAGGCUGCUCCUGCAACUCUUGCCUUACUAGAACAACGUUGUGCUGAAGUUGCAGUUGAGCUAGCUCGAACUGAUACCAAGCUGCAGGCUACUUCUAAUGUUGCUUCUCUCCGAAGAUUGGCAAUGUUACAUGCUGCUUCUAUCAGUAGACAUGUGUGGGCAUUGAUCGAUGGAGCAGCUGACCCUACGCCAGAGGAAUGGGGAAAAACAACUGAUGAAGAACGGCUUGAAAGUGGCUUUGGAAGUUGGCCUGGAGUUGUUGAAGAAGUAAAGCCACCUAAUUCUCUUCUCAAACUUUAUGGUGGAGCUGCAUUCCAGAGGGUAAUGCAUGAGUUUAGAUGUGCUACCCAUUCUAUAGAAUGCCCGACAGUGUCAAGGGAGAAGGUUGCUAAUAUUUUACUUGCCCAUGCUGGUAGAGGUGGGGGUGGGGGAGCUGCAGGUGCAGCAGUAGAGAUAGCUCGUGCAGCAGCUCGGUCAUGGUUGGCUCCUCUCUUGGACACUGCAUGCGACCGGCUUGCUUAUGUAUUGAGGAACCUUUUCGACCUUGCUGCUGAACGUAACAAGAACAAUGAAUCUUUAGAUGACGAAAGAUGGAAGGGAAGCAUGGACGGGUAUGUUGGUUUUCAUGCGGCGCUUCGGCAUUCAUACAAUCAGUUCAUUCAUGACUUAGCAAAGCAAUGCAAACAUCUAGUUCGUCACCACCUUGAUUCAGUCACGAGCCCAUACUCUCAAAUCUGCUACUAUGAUAGCGAUUCAUUUGGAUCUUCUGCAUUUGGUGCAACUUCAAUUCACAGAUGCAACUUUAGCUCCUCUUUCACGCUUUUUGGUGUCGACCUGUCAGGCAGGAUUGCUCAAGACAAUGGGAUGGAUGAUCAAGAGAAUCAGCCUCCAAAAGCCAAGGCCCCUCUAACGAAUACACCAGGAAAAUCAUCAGAUAAGGAAGUCCUAAGAGAGAGCCAAAUGACUAUUCCUGAAACUCCUUCUCCUGACCAACCCGGUGAGCCAGUGGGUGCAGGCAAGAAGAGGGACCAUGGCAACCAUGCUGAUCCUGGAAUGAGGAAACGGCACAUGCGGAUUAUGCCAAGCAACACCACCUCUUUGGAUCUUCACCAACGAAACGGGAACCUGUUUGGUGGUGCAAACGACCACGCUUCAAGAACAGGUUCAGCAUACUCUGAAGUCUGCAGCGCUGCUUCUCAGCAUUUUGCCAGAAUCAGAGAAGUCCUUAUUGAGCGAAGCCUGCCGUCAACUCUGAAUUCUGGAUUCCUAAGUCCAUGCCGAGACAGGUUGAUGGUGGCUUUGGGUUUGGAUCUGUUUGCUGUGAACGAUGAGAGGUUCAUGGACAUGUUUGUGGCUCCCGGAGCUGUUGACGUGCUCCGCAACGAGAGGGAGUCGCUGCAGAAGAGGCAGAAGAUACUGCAAUCCUGCUUAACUGAGUUCAAGAAUGUCGCUCGAGCGCUUUGACUGACCUACAAAGGGAAAAACUUUUCUUGCUUCAUCGGGCUUGUGUUCUUCCUUGUCAUUCACCGAGGUGUUCACUGCUAGUGAAUGUAUAUGUACCACUAUUCUUGUUGCCGGAGUUCUCUCUGACAUAAUAUAUGUAUGUGACACUGACAUAGCCUUCGUGGAGGGUUUUGGAAGUAAAAGCCAACCAGCAUCUUCCUUCUGAA